GACAGCAGUUGGUACUUCCAUACUAUGUCAUACACAGAAGCUAGAUUAAUCUUGUUGAUGCCAGCGAUUGUUGGGCAGCAGGCAACACUGUGGGUGUUGGUGGAAGCUGCACGGUAUGGAACUCAAACAGAAAUUUCUGAUAUGAACAGCUGCUGAAUUGGUUUAUAUGCUCGUAAAUCAAAUUUCUAAUAACUUUGAAGUAGAAGAGAUCUGAUGUAGAUCUUCCAUGCUUUUAAACAAUGAGUAAAGUUGUCUGUAUCGCUGCUCAAGCUGGAUAUAACCUGUCUUUCUCACCUGGAGACAACAGUUAUUUUCUGAGAAUGCACAGACAUUAAAUGAAUAAGGAGGCAUAAGCAUUAUAUACCCCUGUGUCACUGUGACUGAGGCCAUAAUGUUCAUUGUAAGGUGAAUUCUCAGUGAUAAGUGCAGAUGAACGGUGAUACAGGCCUGGGAAUCAUAGGUGAAUGCCUUCAUUGAAGACAGGGACUUGAGUUCUCAGAAGAGAAGGAACAAAAAAGUCACCUGAGAGGCUGUGAUCCCCAGUCCAACUCCUUGUGGUUCUCUAUUACCUGGCAGCAUGGGCUCUGUUUGAAGCAGGCAUAGUUCAUGUCUUCUGAACACCUUGUCUUGCAUGAUGAGGCAUGUGGCUGUGUGCUUGCUGCAGCAGGAGCAGUGCCAUCUGCAGUUGGAGGGACAAAGGCAGUGGGGCUGGAUCCAACUGGCUGCUGCAAGCGGUGCUGAGCUUCUCCCAGCUGCUAGCAGGGUGGGUUUGUACUGGACUGGCUUUGUUUUAUGCCUGUGACAUUCCUCAUCCUGCUGUACUUGCUGGUAGCAGCCUUGAAGCUGUUCUCACACUGCCAUGUAGUCCUUUUCUGACCUAUUCUUGGUGCUGUGUGUGUGUCAGAGCAGAUUCAGCUCAGUUCUUGAGGAUCUGGGUAAGCUGAAUUCACGAGUAUGGAAAAGGAACUUUCCAGAACUAAUUUCAUUUAGAUAAUGGGUUUUUAAUGCGGCCUGAAGAAUGCCAGGAGGAACCCUUGGAAUGACGAAACCUCUCAGAUACCAGUUAGUAUGUAUUUUCCAGUCAGUGAUUUAAUUCCUGGCAUAUGCUGCGAACAUUGGUUUUGAAGGAGACAUGCAUCAGAGAAAAUAUUGGGAACAUAUGUACUUCAGUUUGUGUAGAACAAAUGAAGGAAAUGACAGGGCCUUUAUUUGAGAAAUAGGCACAAUAGGAAAAUAUAUCAAAAACGAAUUAACUCACCCCUCCAGGUAACAGUUUGGAGAAAGGGAUGAGUUGAGGAAUGUGACCUUCCCCCGUUUGUACUGUCGCGCCGCCGGAGAGAAAAGCGGGGGCAAAGGGGGACCGGCGCAGACUCAGAUUGCACAGGAAGUAUUGCGGAGACAGAAGGGGUGGCUCCAGACCACCCCCCCACUCCAGGCACCCACACACAUAGCCCACCCACUGGUUCAGGCUGUGACCUUGGAAUUCCACUACACUUUGGAAAUGGCAAAACAGUAUCUCUGUUGAAAGAGACCAAUGAUGUGUUGCUUAGUUGUCUCACCAUGCCUUGACAGCCAACAGUUUUGUUAGAAUAAAUAGGAUGGAUUUGAUGACAUGUGCUUUGGGCUGAGUGCUACAUUUGUUUUUUUUACUACUGCCAGUGUGAAUAGCUUUUACCCCUUUAUUGCACUGUUGAAUAUAACUCAGUUUUUGUAACCUAGCCAGUGUUUAGAGUCUCUGCGUUGUGUGCUGCGUUUAAACCAAAUUUCUUAGAUUUUUCAGUUUUGCCUCUUGUAAGGCCAUGUUAUGCCAUUGUUAUUGGGCAGACUUGAGGCCCACACUUUGCAUUCUACACUUUUGUGUAGAAAUAAUUGCAAUGCUUUAUUUGGAGGUGGGAUCAGAGUGGUUUUGGUCAUGCAUAUUCCCUUGUGGCAGUUGUUGAACUUCUCUUGUUGCUUACAGAAGAACAUGUGCAAACUGUUCUUUGGUAACUGUAGGUCUGAGCUCUGCUUUCCAUGCUGUCCUUCCAGAGGAGAGGCACAGUGCCUCAGUGUUCCUCAUGCUCUGGAAGGGGACCAUGUUACGUCAAGAACUGUAGAGCCAUCCGCUGAGCAGGCAUCGUGUGCUCUCACUGACUGCAGAGGGAGCUGGUGAGUUCAACUGAAGCCCCCAGGUUCAAAAAGUAUCAUAGAGCCAUAGAAUUGUCUGGAUGGAAAUGGCCUUUAAAGGUCUGUACUCUGACUCUGCUGCAAUGAGCAGGAACAUCUGAUCUCCUUCUAUAACCAGGUGAUCUGCCUAGUGGAUGAGGGAAAGGCUGUUUAUAUAGUCUGCUGAGACUUUAGUGAAACCUUUGACACUGUCUCCCAUAGUGUUCUGCAGAAGCUGCAACCUGUGGCUUGGCCAGGUACACUCUUCACUGGGUGAAGAACAGGCUGGAGGGCUGGGCCCAGAGGGUGGUGGUGAAUGGAGUUAAAGCCAGCUGGCAGCCAGUCACAAGUGGUGGUCCCCAGGGGUUGGUACUGGGGCCUGUGAUGUUUAAUAUCUUUAUUGAUGAUCUGAACAAGGGUAUUGAGUGCGCUUUCAUUAAGACUGCAAAUGACACAAAGUUGAGGGGAAACAUUGAUCUGUCUGAGGGCAGGAAGGCCCUACAGGGGAAUCUGGACAGGCUGAGGCCAGUGGGAUGAGCUUCAACAAGACCAAGGGUCGAGUCCUACACUUUGGUCACAGCAACUACAUGCACUGCUACAGCCUUGGGGAAGAGUGGCUAGAAAGCUGUGUGGUGGAAAAGAUUAGAUGACAGCUGGCUGAACAAGAGCCAGCAGUGUGCCCUGGUGGACAAGAAGGCCAUUAUGAUCAUGGCUUUUAUCAGAAUUAGUGUAGUCUGCGGGACUAGGGAAGUGAUUGUCCCUCUGUACUCAGCUCUGGUAAGGCCAUGCCGUGAGUGCUGUGUUCAGUUUUGAGCCCAUCACUGUAAGAAAGACAUUGAGGCCCUGGAGUGUGUCCAGAGAAGGGCAACAAAGCUGCUGAGGAAUCUGGAGAACAAGCCUUACUGUGGAGUGGCUGCGGGAGCUGGGAUUGUUUAGUCUGGAGAAGAGGAGGCUUGGGAGCCCUCAUCACUCUCUUAAAACAACCUGAAGGGAGGUUGUGAUGAGGUAGGAGUCAGCACUCUUCUCAGGAGGAGUGGUGAGGUAUUGGAGUAGGCUGCCCAGGGAAGUGAUGGAGUCACUAUGCCUGGCAGUUUUCAAGAAGAGGGUGGAUGUGACACUGAGUGACAUGGUUUAGUGAGUGUGGUGGUGGUGGGUUGAAUUUUAGACUAGACUGUCUUAGUGUCCUUUUCCAAUCUUAAUGAUUCUAUGAUCUACAGCUAGAUUAGGUUUCUCAGAGCCUCGUCCAGGCUGACCUUGAAUAUCUUCAGGGAUGGGUCGUCUACCACCUUUCUGGGCAACCUGUUCCAAUGCUGCAGAAGCACUGACUGGAAUUAUGCAUUAGGAAUGAAUUCAAGUGGGGGGCUCUCUGCUUUCUGCCACAUUCCACGCAGAUGCUAUGUGCUGCGAUGAGCCCAGCCCAUGUAGGGAAUGGGUUGUGACCCACUCUGGUGUCCUUGCUGGUUCUGAUUUGGGCUACCCAUUGUGAUCCUUGGAGUGAAGAUGGCUGUGGGUGGGCACUAAAGUGUUGUCAUCAUUUCAGAGACCUUUUUUUUUUUUUUUUUAAUUACUUUUCUCCAUAUUUUUCUUUUCCACUUUCACUGUCCAGUGGGUAAGUUCCACUCUUACUAAAGCAGAAUCACCAUGCUUGCUGAGGAGCCUCGUGUGGUAAGGCGCUUUGAGCUAACACUGCGUGGUGAUGAGGCAGCUCCAGCAUGGACCCAGGGUCUUGGUGAGGUGGCUCUGCAGAGUGAUGCAAGUAUGGCUCAUACAGCACGGUUUGUUGGAGUGCCUUGCUCACCCUGCCCCAGGCUGUCAGCAGCUCCACACCUGGGUGCUGGCUCAGCAACAUUUUGUGCAAAUGGGAGUAGUGCUGGCAGUCUGGGACCAAUAGGAUCUGUGAGGAUGAGCCACAGAUGGGGGUUGCAAUGUGUAUUGUGUAUGACAAAUGUAAACAGGCAGUGUGCAUUCAUGAGGAGCUACUAACUAGCUUUAUGUUUAUCCCAUGUCCUCUUCCUUGGAUUUCCUCUGGCAGGGACACUGUGCACUAUUUUCCAGCUUGGCUCAAGUUGUAGCCCUUUUCCUAAAAUGUACUUAACCACAGAUUUCAGUCUGCAAAGCAUUACUUGUAAAAUAUGUGUAUUUGAAAGUGACAUGUUCCCAAACACCAAGCCAACAAGCUGCAUACAUCACAUACAGUGAAAGUUAAUUGAAAGUGUUGAAUUUAUUUUCACUAACAUAUUCCUAUUUAAGCUCUUGUAGAAGCCUCAUCUGCUCACUUUAGAACAGUGGCAAUGUGCUCUCAGUAAUGCACAAGUUGGUGUGAUAUUACGUGUGAGGAAGCAGGCACAUGUGUUCAGAGCAGGUGUAUAAUGUAAUGGGUCUCCCAAAGUAAGCUUGGAGGUGUGAGCAUUGUGCAAGGAGGCUUUUACGCUGCUCCUUGGAGGUAUCUGCGUGAGCUGACUGUUGGGGCAGACAGCUGGCCCCUUGUGAUGCAUGCUGUAGAGCUGAAAUUCAGAGGGAGCAAGCUUCAUCUUGGUAUUUCUGUGCUCCUCAUCGUGCUUCCUUGCUCUGCUGUUUUUUCCAGCCACUGGAGUACAAGAUACAAAGACAGCUUUAAAAGAAUUUCUUGCAGCUUGGCAUAAAGUAGAGCCAAAUUCUUAAUAUGAGCUUUAUAGCUCAGGAAGGAAUUGCAGUCAGCAGUGCUCUUCAGACACCACACUGGCACACAGCUGGAUGUAACUGAAGGCCGAGUGGGACCCCAGGUUUUUAGACUGUAAAAUCCCCACUGAAGUGCAGUGAGUGGGGUGGGUUUGUGUAAUUAAAUGGAAAUGAAAGAAUGCCUAGUGUGGCUGCAGCCCUGGCUAAACGUCUGCUCUGUGCCCAUAGGUUACUGCUGGAUCUCUGCCAUCUUGUUUAAAUUACAUUCAUAGCCUGAGGGGGAAGCAGGAAGCCAUUGUAAUUUUCAUGCUGUGGACACUGGUGUAUUUUCAUGAGCCAAGCUUAAGUGUCUCUGGGGAUGCUGAAUAUCACUGAACCAUUUCCUGAGUUCUCUUAAGCUGCACAAUGGUAUGUCCAAGUCUAUUUUCCAAAGGAUCGAGCUUUUUGUUUAGUUAGCAAUGUCUUGGUGUAGUUCACUGAACUAGUAUGCUGUUGCACUUGGAAUUUGUUGAGGAGCAGAAGAGGAGGAGAGUUGUGAAGGAAAAAAUGAAGUGCCUUAGAACAGCUAGGAAGACUGAUUUCUUUUAUGUCCCUGUACUUAGACUUUAAGCAAACCUUGGAGAUCAUGACUUUGCAAAUCUUUACAAAAAGCCAGAGCUGGCUUUUUGGGCUGUAUGAAAUGGCUAGGCAUAGGCAUGCGCGUGGACUCAGGUAAAUAUGCAGUGGCUGGAGUAGCCAGGCAGGGACUGAACUCUGCCAGCCAUUAGACAAAUCUGUCUGCAUUUUGUUUCACUGUUUGUGUUACUCAGCCCCUACCUACCACCACUGCAGUGGCAGAGAUCUCGUGCCGGAGCGUUCCAGCUGGCUGCUGCCUCUUGCUGGAGCGGUAAGAGCGCUGCUCGUCCUGCUGGGGCCGGGGUGAGCUGUGGCCAUUCUGCAGGAGACUGCUUGGGGCUGCAUCCUGCUUGUGCUCCCAUGGUGAGCAUGGGAUGUAAGCAAGGAUGCUUACAAUUUAACAAUGUGCUGCUUAAAAAACCUAAAUCUUGGUGUCCUGAGGCAUUUGAGAUGAGAGAUUUUUUUUUAAUUUUCUUUUUUUUUUUUUGUCAUCUUCCCCUUCUCAGUUUUACAUAAGCUGAAUUGAAGCACAAGAAUGAAUUCAUGCACCUUACUUCUGAGUCACAGUCCGUUGCACUAAGCACAAGUGCACACAUCUCUGUUGCUGACAUGGUCACUCUCUCCUACUUGCUCAGCCUGCUGCAUCUUUUAAUCUCCUACACUCUGCCUCCAGACUAUCCCCUUCUCAAGAACUUCCUCUGAUUUUUCUCUCUGGGAGCCUUAGACCCUUCUCAGCACUCACUCCUUUAUCUCAAGGCUGCCUGCCAGCCUGGCAGAUCCCUUGCAUCUGUGGCUGGAUCCUGGCAGUGAAAUGCUCAACAGCUAAAGGUGACAAGCUUGUGCUCCACAAGAAGUCCUGCAGAAACCAUGGCUUGGGUUUUUCAGGAGGUGAUGGAGAAGCCUUUCCCUCACUUCCAGCAUGUCUGGUACAUGGUGCUCCCUUUGGACUGAACAUAGAAGGGUGCAGUGUUAUUCUCAUGUUAGCUGUACAAGUGGAAAUGCUUCUAGACUUUGUUCUGGGUUGGACUCUGACUCUGCUAGUUUGUUCUGAGACUUUAGCUGACUGUGGCUGGGAGUCUUCAUCCAGCUACAUGGCUGUGCUGGAUGAAGAAAUUGCUGCUGCUGUAUUCUGCUACAAUACCGUCUUCUUUGAGCUUCUGGCCCUUUCUGAGCAUCAGUGUGAGUGCUACUCAGUAAUUCCAGGUUCAUCCCAGUAUGGUCCAGGUUAGCAGGGACUGCCUAGAGUGUCCAGCUUAGUUAGAAAGAGUGUACAUGAACUGCCUAGCUGCAGAGUGGAGGAAGUGGUGACUUGUGCUGGAAGGACAAGUGUUGGACCCCUCACUACAAGAAAGACUUCGAGGCCCUGUAGGAUGUCCAGAGAAGGACAAUGAAGCUGCUGGGGGGUCUGGACCAUAAGUCUUAUGAAGAGUGGCUGAGGGAAUAGGAGUUGUUUAGUCUGGAGAAGAGGCUCAGGAGGAGACCUUAUUGCUCUGUACUACUCCCUGAAAUGUGAUUGUGGUGAGGUGGGUGUUGGUCUCUUCUUCCCCAUAACUAGCAAUAGGACUAGAAUAAUGGCCUCAAGUUGUGCCAGGAGAGUUUCAGAUUGGAUAAUUAGGAAGGAUUUAUUCUCUGAAAGAGUGGCCAGGCACUUGAAUGGCCUGCCCAGAGAGGUGGUGGAGUCAAAGUCCCUGGAGGUGCUCAAGAAAUGUUUAGAUAGCACAUGCUGACUCUAUUGUGUUUUAAAGAAUUAGGCAAUCUUAUUGUGAAAGGAGGAAUUCCCUGGGAAAUGUGUGGUAGCUGCAUCAAGCCUUGACAUGGAAUAAUCCAAGUACAGAAGGCUGCACCUCUCAGGUGAGGGGCUGGGGGGUAGAACUCAGAUUCCACUUCCAUCUCUGCCUUUGAGCCACCAUGGGUUCAUAAGCAAAUCUUUUGAGCUCAUUUCAAACUCCAGAAAUUUUAUGCUCAAGCCCAUCUCACCUUUAGUAUUGUAGCUGCAUAGCUUUAAAGCAGAUUCUUAGUUAUGGGCAAGGAAAUGUCCCAUUGCAUAGACAUCAAAGUGUAAAAAGUGGCUUUUAUACUCUGCUUAAUUGAACAGGAUUUUAUCUCAGUUAAGGUAGACUAAAUCCAGAGUAAUUCCAUUACAGUAAAUGCUAUUAGUUUGGAUUAACACCGAGAUAACUAAGAUCAGAGUCUGGCUUUGGUUGUCUUGGUAAAUACUGCACAUUUCUCAAAUUGCUUUUCUAAUCUCUUCUCAGUCCUUGCUGGCUCCUCUUUCUCCCAAAUUCCAAGUGUAACAAUAUAGGUGAAAUUUACUUGAUGAAAGAAUGUUUAAGCAGGGUCUGGUUUUUAUUAGCUCAGCUGGUUUUUGUUUAUUUGUUUAGCGCUGUUUGAAGUUUCAUUGUACUUGGGAUAGUAUCGGAAUUCAUCCUGCUUCUCCUACUUGAUUCAAUUUCUUCAAUUAGAAGUGUGGUGCCUUAAAUUACAGGCUGCUCUUCAGUGCUGUCAUUGAGUAAAAAUUGUAUGCCUUGGUGACAUUUCAAAGGAAUUCUUAACUCUGAAGUUCAGAAAAAGGUUGUGCCUUGAGGACAUGUUUGUUAAUCAGCAACAUAAUGGCUUUGGAAGAAACUUAGGAAAGAACUUAGAAAAUGCUAGAUGUGACUUCGGAGAGCAAGCUGGAUUAAUUUUUUCCUGGUCUUGAUUAUAUUUCUUGAAAUUACCUUUGCUUCGUAGCCGUGUACUCUGAACUUUAUGACAGCAUUUUAACUGUGAGAGACAUCUGGAGUUUCAUAGAAGUUAUUCUGUUAGUUCAAUUGGAUUUAUGGUUAAGGUGAGGCAUUUGGGUGGUUUUAUCAGUGCUUAGGUAGUUUUUCUGGUCUCCUGGGGCCUUGGGUCAUAUAAUCAUACCCAAAAUGAAUACACAACACCUUAUUCAUCUCUUUACAGUUGGAUUUCUACUGUUCUGAUGUAUUUAUUUUCAUCUGAUGACAAACAGUCCCAUCCAAAAUAUCGUGCUCUUACUGUAGUGGUGAGGGAAGGGUGGGUCAGAGAGACACUGCCUCUUGACCAGUGUGGAGGCCAUAGGCAUGAAUGAGCAAGGCCUGUGAUUAAACCAAACAUGUAAAAAUGUUUUUGUAUAUAUUCUGUUGAUUUUUAUACAGUUUUCACAUAUAGUUAAGUGCUUUUCUGAACAGAUCCCUAAGGAUUUGCCUCAGGCUGCAAAGGGAAAUUUUGGCAGCACUAGUGAUCAAACCUGAAAGAUACAAUCUUAAUUGUUUGAGUGAUAUUUCAUACUGCAGAGACCUGAAUGAGAGCUUUCUAGAAAGACAUGUAUGUUGAUUCUGUCUGGACGUCUCUCCUAAACACCAUGUAGCCACAGCCUUCACUGUGAGCAUGCUGGCAGGUGGCUGGUGGAAGCAGCUGGCUUUUUGGUCUUGCAGGCAGGCCAUGAUGUGGGGUUAGCCCUUGCAGCUUUCUUCCUUCAUGGCAGCGCUCAGGAGGGUUAGCCUGGUAGUAUGUAUAGGGAUUCCAUGCUGGGUUGUGAGUGCCACACAGAGUUUUAUUUUCUGUUGUGGUGCUGAACAUUUUGGAUGCAAGAACUGAGGUACGCUGAGAAGCUCGAGGCGGCACAGUUCAUCAGAAACCUGUGCUUUCUGCUUAGCACUGAUGGACUUGACAUUGGUCAAGCCCUGGCUUCUUGGGCUAUCUGGUGGAAGCCUUGUGCCUGGAAUGAGAAAUGGAGAGUGUGUUCAAUUGCAGAAGGGCAUUCAGAAGUGUGCUUUUUUCCAGCCCUGGUCUGUUUACGCGGUGUAAAAGUUUCUGUAGUUGAGAUUCCUUUCCUAGAACUGUGCUUCCUUGCUUUCUGGCUAGGUUGUGCCGGCACAGUGUAACCAGAUGAGCAAAGCUCUGGGGGAGAGUGUUGGAAAGGUGUGUGUGGGGAAGUGUAUGAGCAGGGGUAGUGGGCAGGUGGAGGCUUCGCACUGAGGCACUGGGUGACUGAAUUCCUCAGCCUUACAGCAUCUAAAGGACAUCAGGCAUGGGGCUGGUGCUCAAGAGUAUGCCAGGGACCCUGUGGCAGGGCACCAAGCAGCCACCUCCAGGGCAGAGCCAGGAGCCGGCCCUUGGGAGCAAGUACUGUCAAGGGUAGCUUCAACAAGAACAUGGUCUGUCUUAGAGAUUCCCAAUGAAUGCUUUUGUUCUUGAAAGCGGUGACAUGCAAGGUGUGACAACUUUGGCCACUGAUUCAUAGAGUCUGAAAAUUAUUUUCUCCUUUUCACUUUUAAUGAUGUAGAGCUUUGGGAUGAGUUUUAUUUUCUAGUACUACUGCAAUCUUGCCAAGCUCUCAUGAUUUAAAAAAAUUGUUCCAUGUGCUUUGCAAAACUGCUUUGCUUUGCCCUGAAGCGGCUGAGGAGGACACAGCUGUCAGCUCUGAUAUAACACUGUGGUGACCUGCUCAGGGCUGGAUGUGGGCAUGGUGUCAUCUCUAACAGCCACUGCGCUUUAAUAAACAACACAUCUAGAUGCAAGAUGUUUCAGUUUGGGAAAAGAAUCUGAUAGAUGAGAAGCCUGUGGAAAUAGUAAAAAUAAAUACUGAAACCAUGUCCCUAGCUGAGUGGCUUGAUGUCCAGAGGGAGACUAGUGAUAAUGAAUGGUGUUCCUCAGGUGCCUGUAUGGGGACCAGCACUAUUCAACAUGUCUGUCAGUGACAUGGGCAGUGGGAUCAAGUGUACUCUCAGCAAGUUGGUGGGUGACACAAAGCUGUGUGGAUUGGCUGACAUGCUGGAGAGAAGGAAUUGGUCCGGUGACGAUAACCACAGAUCCCAAGAAAUUUCAGUUUGAACUCAGGGAGCUUUAUGUUCAGGGUGGUGGAGACUGUCCAGAGAUGAGCAUUGGAGCAAUUAAAAUUGCUCUAGAAAUCUCUCUUCCUGGUUCUUUCAUCUAUGUAUUUACUGAUGCACGAUCCAAAGACUAUAGACUCACCCAUGAAGUACUUCAGCUCAUUCAACAGAAGCAGUCACAGGUAGUAUUUGUGCUAACUGGAGACUGUGAUGACAGAGAUCAUAUUGGUUACAAAGUCUAUGAAGAAAUUGCCUCAACAAGCUCUGGUCAAGUUUUUCACUUAGACAAAAAGCAAGUUAAUGAGGUGUUGAAAUGGGUUGAAGAAGCAGUUCAAGCCUCCAAAGUACAUCUCUUGUCUACAGACCAUUUGACCAUGGCUGUAAAUACUUGGAAGAUCCCCUUUGAUCCAAGUCUGAAAGAGGUUACAGUGUCCUUGAGUGGUCCUUCACCAGCAAUUGAAAUUCAUGAUCCAUUAGGUAAACAGAUUAGCAAAGGAUUGGGACUGAACGAAUUGCUGAAUAUCCACAACUCCGCAAAAGUAGUAAAUGUCAAAGAUCCAGACCCUGGAACAUGGACAAUAAAGACAUCGAGCAGCGGAAGGCACUCUGUUCGGAUCACGGGUCUCAGCACUAUUGAAUUUCGAGCUGGGUUUUCCAAGAAGUCAACGUUAGACUUCAAGAAAACAUCCAGCAGACCAGUGCAAGGCAUUCCUACCUUUGUGCUGCUAAAUACCACAGGGAUCCUUCUUCCAGCCAGAGUAGACCAUCUUGAGCUCCUGAGUAUUUCAGGGGAACCUCUUAAGACCUUGCCUGUGAAAUACUAUCCUGACAGAAAGCCAUAUGGACUAUGGAACAUUUCUGACUUCAUUCCACCAGAUGAAGCUUUUUUUCUUAAAAUAAUGGGCUACGACAAGGAUGGUUAUAUUUUCCAGAGAGUGUCAAGUGUUUCAUUUUCUAGUAUUACUCCUGAUGCUCCAAAAGUUACAAUGCCCAACAAGACUCCAGGAUAUUACUCACAGCCAGGGUCUGUUCCUUGCCAUGUAGAAAGUCUUAUACCUUUUACUCAACAUUUUACUAAAAAUGGAGUAAAACUAGGAGUGGAUCAGUUAUUCAAAGAAUCAUCAAGUAUGAGCUGGGAUAUCAACCGAGUCUCCUUGUCUGAUGAAGGUUUCUAUGAAUGUAUUGCAAACAGCACUGCAGGAACCGGACAUGCACAGACUUUUCUGGAUGUAUCAGAGCCUCCACCCGUGAUUCAGGUUCCUAACAAUGUCACAGCUGUCCUUAGGGAAGGAGCCAUCCUGACCUGCCUGGUUGUAAGCACCAUGCGCUACAAUCUUACCUGGCAGAGAAAUGGCAGGGAUGUGAGGCUCCAGGAGCCCCUACGGAUGAGAGUGAUGAGCAACCUGUCUUUAGAGGUGAAAGCAGUACAGUUCACAGAUGCUGGCAAGUACAACUGCGUAGCUUCUAACAAGGAUGGCUCUACCACAGCGUCUGUCUUCCUUACAGUACAAGAACCACCUAGGAUUGUCAUUUCACCUAAGGAUCAGACUUUUGUAGAAGGCUCUGAAGUGUCAAUCAGAUGUUCUGCAACAGGUUAUCCAAAGCCAACAGUAGUUUGGACACACAAUGAAAUGUUUAUUAUUGGUUCAAACAGGUAUAGAUUGACCCCAGAAGGCACCUUGAUCAUAAGACAGGCAAUUCCAAAAGAUGCAGGAGUUUAUGGGUGCUUGGCAAGUAACUCAGCUGGGACGGAGAAACAGACGUCCAUUCUUACAUACAUAGAGGGCCCAACAGUGACUAUAUUUCAAAGUGAAAUUCUGGUUGCUCUUGGAGACACCACUGUUAUGGAGUGUAAAACAACUGGAAUCCCACAUCCUCAAGUUAAAUGGUUUAAAGGUGACUUAGAGUUGAGGGCAUCAGCAUUUCUCAUCAUUGAUACUCAUCGGGGUCUUUUGAAGAUCCAGGAAACACAGGAGCUGGAUGCUGGUGAUUAUACCUGUGUGGCUACCAAUGAUGCAGGGAGAGCUUCUGGAAAGAUAACCCUAGAUGUUGGCUCUCCCCCAGUUUUCAUUCAAGAACCCAGCGAUGAAUCUGUGGAUAUUGGCUCAAAUAUCACACUGCCAUGUUAUGUUCAGGGUUACCCAGAACCAAAGGUUAAAUGGAGACGUCUGAAUGGUGCUUCCCUUUUCUCAAGACCACUUGCUGUUAGUUUCAUCAGUCAGCUCAGAACAGGAGCUCUGUCAAUUAAUAAUCUGUGGGUUAAUGAUGAAGGAAGUUAUGUCUGUGAAGCUGAAAACCAGUUUGGAAGGAUUCAGUCACAGCCAGCCACAAUCACAGUAACUGGACUGGUUGCACCUCUGAUUGGAAUAAGCCCAGCCACAGCCAAUGUAAUCGAGGGGCAGCAGCUCACUUUGCCAUGUGUUCUACUUGCUGGAAACCCCAUUCCAGACCGGAAGUGGAUUAAGAACAGUAUGGUGCUGGUUUCCAAUCCCUACAUUAAUGUUCGAAGUGAUGGGAGCCUGCAUCUUGAAAGAGUUCGGCUGCAGGAUGGGGGUGAUUAUACCUGCAUGGCCAGUAAUGUUGCUGGGACAAACAACAAAACCACUACUGUUAAUGUGUAUGUCCUUCCCAUUGUUCAGCAUGGACAGCAGAUAUUCAGCACCAUUGAAGGAAUCCCAGUAACAUUGCCAUGUAAAGCAAGUGGAGUUCCUAAGCCAUCUAUUACUUGGUCUAAGAAAGGAGAAGUAAUUUUUCCCAGCAAUGAGAAAUUUUCUGCAGGUUCUGAUGGAAGUCUCUAUGUAGUUUCGCCAGAGGGUGAAGAGACUGGGGAAUAUGUGUGUACUGCAACAAAUGCUGCUGGCUACGCUACACGGAAAGUCCAGCUGACUGUAUAUGUGAAACCUAGAGUAUCCAGGCCUGGAGACCAGCAAGGGCAUGGACCUGUAGAGAUCUCAGUAAUUACAGGGGAUGAUGUCACACUUCCAUGUGAAGUAAAGAGCUUGCCACCUCCAAUAAUUACCUGGGCUAAAGAGACACAGCUCAUAUCUCCAUUCUCUCUAAGACACACUUUCCUACUCUCAGGGUCAAUGAAGAUCAGUGAGACACAAGUUUCAGACAGUGGAAUGUAUUUCUGUGUAGCCACCAAUAUUGCUGGGAAUGUGACUCAGUCAGUGAAACUAAGUGUACAUGUUCCUCCUAAGAUACAGCGUGGUCCUCAAAUUAUGAAAGUCCAGGCUGGCCACAGAGUUGACAUACCUUGCAGUGCCCAAGGGAACCCUCCGCCAGCAAUCACCUGGUUCAGGGGCAGCAGUGCUGUGCCAAUAGGCAGCGGGCAGCCCACUCACAGCCUGGGUGGGGCUCUGAGCAUCAGCAACGUCCAGCUUUCCAAUGCUGGGAUCUACAGGUGCAUCGCCAGUAAUGCAGCAGGCAGUGACACCUCCGAGAUAACAAUUCAAGUUCAAGAACCUCCUACUAUGGAUGAUCUUGAUCCUCAGUACAAUAAUCCCUUUCAAGAAAGAGUGGUAAAUCAACGCAUUGCAUUCCCAUGUCCAGUAAAAGGUACUCCAAAGCCUGUUAUCAAAUGGCUGCAUAAUGGAAGAGAACUGACAGGCAGAGAACCAGGAAUUUCAAUUCUGGAGAAUGACAUGCUGCUGAUUAUAGCUUCUAUUACACCUUCUGAUAAUGGAGAAUAUAUCUGUGUGGCAACCAAUGAAGCCGGAAGGACAGAAAGAAAGUAUAACCUGGAAGUUCAUGUUCCUCCUGAAAUUAGAGAUCAAGAAAGGGUGACAAAUACAUCUGUAGUUGUUAAUCAUCCUAUAAGUCUCUUCUGUGAAGUAUUUGGAAAUCCAUUCCCAGUCAUCUCCUGGUAUAAAGAAGAUAUCCAGGUUGUGGAAAGCAAUACUCUCCACCAGAUUUUGCACAAUGGAAAGAUACUGAAGCUCCUUAAAGCUACUGUUGAUGAUGCUGGGCAAUACUCAUGCAAAGCCAUAAAUGUAGCAGGAAGCUCUGAGAAGCUCUUUAACCUGUAUAUACUAGUUCCUCCCAGUAUAAUAGGUGCUGAUACCCCCAGUGAAAUUGCAGUCAUCCUCAACCAGGAAACGAGUCUGGAAUGCAGAGCCAAAGGCUUUCCUUUUCCUGGCAUUCACUGGUUCAAAGACAGCAUGCCUCUGUUCUUGGGUGAUCCCAAUGUUGAGCUUCUGGAGAAAGGUCAAGUUCUGCAUAUAAAGUCUGCUCGAAUGGUUGACAAAGGUCAUUACCAGUGCAGUGCCACUAAUGCUGCUGGCAAACAAAUUAAGGAGGUCAAGCUGAUCAUCCAUGUUCCUCCUAGUAUUAAAGGAGGCAAUAUUACUACAGAGGUAUCAGCACUUCUUAACAAUCUUAUAAAUCUGGAUUGUGAAACCAAGGGAAUCCCUGUUCCUACCAUUACCUGGUACAAAGAAGGACGCCGGAUUAUUUCCAGCCCCCAAGCUUUAUAUGUGGACAGAGGGCAGUUCCUGCAAAUACCUCAUGCCCAAGUGUCAGAUUCUGCAAAGUACACCUGCCAUGUGACCAAUGCUGCUGGAGCUGCUGAGAAAACAUAUGAGGUGGAUGUCUAUGUUCCUCCAGUAAUAGAGGGCGAUGCUGAAACAGCUCAGAGCAGACAGGUGGUUGCUGGCAAUUCACUAACUUUAGAAUGUAAAGCUGCUGGCAACCCUUCUCCUCUCCUUACCUGGCUAAAGGAUGGUGUGCCUGUGAAAGCAAGUGACAACCUCCGUGUUGUGUCUGGUGGGAAGAAGCUGGAGAUCCUCAAUGCUGUUGAAGCUGACCGAGGCCAGUAUUUGUGUGUUGCCACAAGCAUAGCUGGAGAACAAGAAAUCAAGUAUGGAGUUGAAAUCCUAGUCCCACCGUUUGUGGAAGGUGGGGAUGAAUUCUUGGACUACAUUGUGGUUCUCCAUAGCCCUUUGGAGUUGGAUUGUUCAGCAACAGGGACACCUUUACCAACAAUCACGUGGUUAAAAGGCGGACAGCCAAUUGAAGAGGGAACUGGACAUAAAAUCUUGUUAAGUGGACAAAAAUUUCUCAUCUCUCGAGCUCAAGUAUCAGACACUGGCCAUUAUAAAUGCGUGGCUGUGAAUGUGGCAGGAGAACAUGAAAGGGAAUUUGUUGUUACUGUGCAUGUUCCUCCAACUAUUAAAUCAGCUGGCACUUCUGAAAGAGCUGUUGUGGUACACAAAGCUGUGACACUGCAGUGCAUAGCCAAUGGCAUUCCUAGCCCUUCCAUAACUUGGCUGAAAGAUGGUCAACCAGUAAACACAGCCAGGGGAAAUACUAGACUGGAGUCUUCAGGCCGUGUUCUGCAAGUUGCUGAAGCCCUGCUCGAAGAUGCUGGCAGAUACACUUGUGUGGCAAUAAAUGCUGCAGGAGAAGCCCAACAGCAUAUUCGGCUUCGUGUGCAUGAACCACCCAGCCUGGAGGAUGCAGGGAAAAUGUUAAAUGAAACAGUGGUUGUGAAUAAUCCAAUCCAUCUUGAAUGCAGAGCAUUGGGGAACCCUCUACCAGCUAUCACGUGGUACAAAGACAGUCAUUCACUCACCAGUGCUGCAAGUGUCACUUUUCUGAACAAGGGUCAGGUUCUGGAGAUUGAGGGUGCUCAGAUUUCUGACACUGGCAUUUAUAAGUGUGUGGCUGUCAACAUUGCAGGCACAGCUGAGUUGUCCUACAGUCUUCAGGUUCAUGUCCCACCAUCAAUCUCUGACAGCAGUGACACGGUGACAGCGGUGGUCAAUAACCUUGUGCGAAUGGAGUGCGAAGCAAGAGGCAUCCCUGCACCCAUCCUGACAUGGCUAAAAGACGGCAGUCCUGUUUCCAGCUUCAGUGAUGGACUUCAGAUUCUGUCUGGGGGCCGAGUCCUGGUGUUGACAAGUGCUCAGAUAAGUGACACAGGAAAAUAUACCUGUGUUGCAGUGAAUGCUGCAGGAGAGAGCCAAAGAGAUAUAGAUCUCAGAGUUUAUGUUCCACCAAACAUCAUGGGAGAGGAACAAAAUGUCUCUGUGCUCAUCAGCCAGGCAGCGGAGCUGCUCUGCCAGAGCAACGCUGUUCCCCUGCCCAUGCUGAUGUGGCUCAAAGAUGGGCGACCCUUGCUGAAUAAACCAGGUCUUAGCAUCUCUGAAGAUGGAAGUGUGCUGAAGAUUGAAGGAGCUCAAGUACAGGACACUGGCCGUUACACUUGCGAAGCGACAAAUGUUGCUGGGAAAACUAAAAAGAACUAUAAUGUCAAUAUCUGGGUUCCACCAAGUAUUUAUGGUUCAGAUGACACCUCUCAGCUGACAGUAAUUGAAGGGAGCCUGAUAAGCUUGAUAUGUGAGUCUACUGGCAUCCCACCACCUAGUCUUACCUGGAAAAAGAGUGGCUCACCACUUGUGGCCGACCAGUCAGGAAGGGUACGGAUAUUAUCUGGAGGCAGGCAGCUGCAGAUUUCAGUUGCCGAAAUGUCUGAUGCUGCAUCUUAUAUUUGUAUUGCUUCAAAUGUAGCUGGAAGCGCAAAGAAAGAAUACAGCUUGCAAGUGUACACUCGCCCAGUGAUACUGGACAGUGGUAGCUACCCAUCAGAAGUAGUUGCCGCCCAGGGAAGUGAAAUUUCCCUAGAAUGCAAAGCUCAGGGUAUUCCAGAGCCAGCAGUAACAUGGAUGAAGGAUGGCCGUCCACUGGUCAGUGGAAGGGACGUAGCAGUACUUCAUGAUGGGCACUUUCUUCUACUGAGAAAUAUCCAGGUGUCAGACACGGGUCACUAUGUCUGUGUUGCUGCCAAUGUGGCAGGGCUGUAUGACAGAAAAUAUGAUUUAAAUGUUCAUGUUCCCCCAGAUAUUGCUGGUGACCUUCAGUUGCCUGAGAACAUCAGCACUGUGGAGAAGAAUCCCAUCUCUCUGGUUUGUGAGGCUUCAGGAAUCCCCUUGCCAUCAGUAAUGUGGCUCAAGAAUGGAUGGCCUGUCACUUCCAACACCUCAGUGCAAAUCCUCUCAGGGGGUAGAACGCUUCGUUUGACACAUACGACUGUAUCAGAUGAAGGGCACUAUACAUGUGUGGUGACCAACGCUGCAGGAGAAGCGAGGAAGGAUUUUUAUCUUUCUGUUCUAGUGCCUCCAGGGAUUGUGGAUGAAAAUAAGCAGGAAGAUAUGAAAGUGAAAGAGAAGAAUAGUGUUACCUUAACAUGUGAAGUAAUAGGGAAUCCUGUACCACAGAUCACCUGGAUAAAGGAUGGGCAGCCUCUAAUGGAGGACAAAGAUCACAGGUUUCUGUCUAGUGGACGUUUCCUGCAAAUCACCAAUGCUCAAGUGUCAGACACGGGGAGAUACACAUGUGUUGCAUCCAAUACAGCUGGAGAUAAAAGCAAAAGUUACUUUCUUAAUGUACUUGUGUCUCCAACCAUUGUGGGUGCAGAUAGCCAUGGAAGUGCAGAAGAGGUCACUGUUAUCCUCAACAGCCCAACAUCUCUUGUUUGUGAGGCUUAUUCGUAUCCUCCAGCUACAAUAACCUGGCUGAAAGAUGGUAGUCUUUUAGAAUCAAACAGAAAUAUCCACAUUUUACCAGGUGGUCGAAUCCUGCAGAUUCUAAGUGCUCAGAAGCACAGCGCUGCGAGAUAUACCUGCAUAGCCACAAAUGAGGCUGGAGAAACUAUGAAACACUAUGAAGUGCAAGUCUACAUUCCACCCACUAUUAACAGAGGGGAUGUCCCAGGGAUGGAUCUCUCCCCUAAGGAGAUGAAGAUCAAAAUCAACCACAGCCUUACGCUGGAGUGUGAAGCACAUGCCGUUCCUGCUGCUGCCAUCAGCUGGUACAAGGAUGGACAGCCUCUUAAACCAGAUGAUCGUGUCAUUAUCCAAGCCAGUGGCCAUACUCUGCAGAUUACAGAGGCUCAAGUUUCAGAUACCGGACGUUACACUUGCCUGGCAUCCAAUAUUGCUGGAGAGGAUGAAGUGGAAUUUGAUAUAAAUAUACAAGUUCCUCCUAGUUUCCAAAAGCCUUAUAGAGGAUGGGAAUCUGGUAACAUGGUAGAUACAGGAAGAGGUGGAGAAAAUAAAGAUGUGAUUAUAAACAAUCCCCUUUCACUGUACUGUGAGACCGAUGCUGUUCCUCCUCCAGUUCUUACAUGGUAUAAGGAUGGCUAUCCUCUGAACUCUAGCGAUAAAGUACUGAUAUUACCAGGAGGCCGCGUGUUCCAGAUUCCACGGGCGCGGGCUGAAGAUGCUGGGAGAUACAUGUGUGCGGCAGUAAAUGAAGCUGGAGAGGAUUCCAUUCAUUACAAUGUCCACGUGCUCUUACCACCAUCGAUCAGGGGAGCAGAUGGUGAUCUGCCUGAAGAAGUGAAUGUACUUGGGAACAAGGUCGCAGUGAUGGACUGUGUCACAAGCGGCAGUCCUUCUCCAAGCAUCACCUGGGAGAAGGAUGGCCAUCUCCUAGCAGAAGACAACAAACAUAGCUUUUUGUCCAAUGGAAGAAGAUUGCAGAUUUUGAAUUCCCAAGUAACAGAUACUGGCAGGUAUGUCUGUGUUGUGGAAAACAUAGCUGGAAGGGCCAAGAAGUAUUUUAACUUGAAUGUUCAUGUUCCUCCAAGUGUUGUUGGUGCUAAUCCUGAGAAUUUGACUGUCGUGGUGAAUAAUUUAAUCUCUCUGACUUGUGAGGUCACUGGCUUUCCACCUCCUGAUCUCAGCUGGCUCAAGAAUGGAAAACCUGUCAGCUUGAAUACUAACACUUUUAUUGUGCCUGGUGCUCGGACUCUGCAGAUUCCCCAAGCCAAACUGUCAGAUGAUGGUGAAUAUACUUGUAUUGCAAGAAAUCAUGCUGGGGAAAGUCAGAAGAAGAGCUUCCUAACUGUCCUUGUCCCCCCAGGCAUCAAAGACCAUAGUGGAACCUCAGUGACAGUGUUCAACGUGAGAGUUGGCACCCCAGUGAUGUUAGAGUGUAAAGCCAGUGCUAUCCCACCACCGGUCAUCACCUGGUACAAGAACAGGCGUAUGAUUUCAGAGUCUGCAAAUGUGGAGAUCUUAGCAGAUGGGCAAACAUUACAAAUCAAGGGUGCUGAGGUUUCUGACACUGGCCAGUAUGUUUGCAAAGCCAUAAAUAUUGCAGGGCGAGAUGAUAAAAAUUUCCAUCUUAACGUUUAUGUGCCACCAAAUAUAGAAGGCCCUGAAGAAGAGUUGGUCAUAGAAACAAUCAGUAAUCCUGUUGCCUUCAUUUGUGAUGCUACUGGAAUUCCUCCACCAACACUGGUCUGGCUAAAGAAUGGAAAACCACUAGAGAACUCCAAUUCUCUAGACGUUCAUAUUUUUUCUGGUGGAAGCAGGCUUCAGAUUGCUCACUCUCAGCUUCUAGACAGUGGGACCUACACAUGUAUUGCCUCAAAUGUAGAGGGAAAAGCUCAGAAAAGAUUUGUGCUUUCCGUUCAAGUUCCUCCUAGUAUUGUUGGCUCUGAAAUGCCUAGAGAGGUCGGUGUCCUCUUGGGAGAAGGCAUCCAGCUAGUAUGCAAUGCCACUGGAGUGCCAAUGCCUGUUGUACAAUGGCUUAAAGAUGGAAAAACAGUUGCCAGUGACAACUUAGAAAGAAUAAGAGUAGCUCCAGAUGGCAGCACAUUAAACAUCUUCAGAGCUCUCACUUCUGAUACAGGAAAAUACACUUGUGUGGCGACUAAUCCUGCAGGAGAAGAGGACCAGAUUUUCAACUUGAGUGUAUAUGUUCCUCCAACAAUAACCAACAAUAAAAGUGAACCAGAGGACCUUGCUGCCCUUUUGGAAUCCUCCAUAAAUAUUGGAUGUGCUGCUACUGGAAUGCCCUCUCCACAGAUAAACUGGCUGAAGAAUGGCCUUCCUCUGUCUGUCUCCUCACGGAUCAGGUUACUGUCAGCUGGGCAAAUUCUCAGGCUUGUCCGAGUGCAAAUAUCUGAUGCUGGUGUGUACACUUGUGUAGCAUCUAGCAGAGCUGGAGUGGACAACAAGCAUUAUAACCUUCAAAUUUUUGUACCACCAAGCCUGGAUAAUGCAAGAGGAACAGAGGAAGUGACUGUAGCAAAAGGCAGUUCAGCUUCACUGAAGUGUUUUACUGAUGGCGCUCCUCCCCCUGCUAUGUCUUGGUUUAAAAAUGGACAUCCGUUAAGCCUUGGAGCUCACCAGAAUUUAAAUAACCAAGGAAUGGUUCUUCAUUUUGUAGAAGCAGAGAUUGGUGACGUAGGCAAAUACACUUGUGUAGCAGCCAAUAAAGCAGGAGAUGUCAGCAAGCACUUUUCCCUAAAAGUGUUGGAACCACCUCAAAUCAAUGGUUCAGGUCAACCAGAAGAGCUCUCUGUGAUUGUCAACAACCCCCUUGAACUUCUUUGCAUCUCUACUGGCAUUCCAAUCCCCAAAAUCUCAUGGAUGAAGGAUGGGCGCCCACUUCUGCAGAAUGACAAUAUUCAUGUCAUAAGAGAAGGGCUUCGAAUAACCAGUGCUCAGGUCAAGGAUGCAGGAAGAUACACAUGUUUGGCAUUUAGCCCGGCAGGGGAUGAUGAUAAGGAAUAUUUAGUAAGAGUGCAUGUUCCUCCUAAUAUUGCUGGUACCAGUGGUGUGCAGGACCUCACUGUGUUGCAGAACAGACAGAUUAUACUGGAAUGCAAGUCAGAUGCUGUACCACCUCCAAUAAUCUCAUGGCUUAAAAAUGGAGAACUUUUAGAGGGAACUCCUCGAAUUCGAAUCCUAUCCAAUGGGCGAUACAUGCAAAUCAAUAAUGCUGACCUCGGUGAUACAGCAAACUAUACAUGUGUGGCAAGUAAUAUUGCAGGAAAAAUGACCAGGGAGUUCAUGCUGGCAGUACAUGUGGCUCCAACAAUUCGAAGUAGCCCUCAGACUACUGUUGUCCAUUUAAACUCGUCAGUUGUUCUGGAGUGUACUGCAGAAGGAGUACCAACCCCCAGAAUUGCAUGGAGGAAAGAUGGGAAUGUUUUUAAUGGAAACAAUACAAGAUAUUCCAUAUUAGAGGAUGGAUCUCUACAAAUCCACUCAGCACAUGUUACUGACACAGGAAGAUACUUGUGUAUGGCAACUAAUGCAGCUGGCACCGAGCGCAAACAAAUUGAUCUGCAAGUCCUGGUUCCUCCAACUAUUGCUUCUGGACAUACUAAUAUUACAGUUACCGUAAACGUGCAGACCACUUUGCCUUGUGAAGCCACUGGAAUUCCCAGGCCAGCAGUUAGCUGGAAAAAGAAUGGGCAUCUGCUUAGUCUUGACCAGAAUCAGAAUACUUACAGACUUCUGUCUUCAGGUUCCUUAGUAAUCAUUUCUCCCACUGUGGAUGACACUGCUGUCUAUGAGUGCUCUGUGUCAAAUGAUGCAGGAGAAGAUCAAAGAGCAGUUGAGCUCACUGUUCAAGUACCCCCAUCUAUAGCAGAUGAAGCCACAGAUCUCUUGGUAACAAAGCUAUCUCCAGUAGUAAUUUCCUGCACUGCCUCAGGAGUUCCUGUUCCUUCAGUUCAUUGGACUAAAAAUGGCGUGAAGUUGCUUCCCAGAGGAGAUGGCUACAGAAUUCUCCCUUCAGGUGCUGUUGAAAUUCCUGCUGUUCAGUUAGCACAUGCAGGUCAGUACACCUGUGUGGCCCGGAAUGCGGCUGGCUCUGCUCAUAGGCACACCACUCUUCACGUUCAGGAACGACCCGUUAUCCAAAUUCAGCCAGGGAUGCUGGAUGUCAUUGUGAACAAUUCCAUUCUGUUACCAUGUGAAGCAGUGGGAACACCUCGACCCAUAAUAACAUGGCAAAAGGAGGGUAUCAAUAUAAUGACAACAGGAAACAGUUAUAUGGCUCUUCCCAAUGGCAGCUUAUGGAUUACAGAAUCAACUGUUGAAGAUGCUGGCACUUAUACAUGUGUUGCUCAAAAUCUAGCCGGCACUGCUCUGGGGAAAAUCAAACUGAAAGUUCAAGUCCCUCCUGUCAUCAAGUCCCACCUGAAGGAGUAUGUUGUUCCUGUGGAUCAAUCUGUCACUCUACAGUGCGAAGCCGAAGGCAACCCUGGGCCAGAGAUCAGUUGGCAUAAAGAUGGACAGCAAGUAGCAGAAUCUAUGAGAAGAAGAAUCCUUAGCACUGGGGCGCUGCAGAUUGUGUUUGUGCAGCCUGGUGACACGGGCCAUUACACAUGCAUAGCUGCAAAUGUGGCAGGGUCCAGCAGUUCCAGCAUGGAACUUGUUGUGCAGACUCCACCCAAGAUUCACAAUACGGAGGCACAUUACACGGUCACAGAGGAUUCCCGUGCUGUUCUGGCCUGCAUGGCAGAUGGAAUUCCAACACCAAUAAUAAACUGGAAGAAGGACAAUACACUGUUAACAGAGACAGUGGGAAAAUACAAGACUGUGCCAGGUGGAGACCUCAUUUUGGACAAUGUUGUUCCUGAAGAUUCGGGCACUUACACCUGUACUGCUAUGAAUGCUGCUGGAGAAGACACACAUGCUGUCACCCUGGUUGUUCACGUACUCCCAGCUUUUACUGAACUGCCUGGAGAUGUAACUUUGACUAAAGGAGAACAACUUAGAUUAGCUUGCAGAGCAUCUGGGAUACCUGUGCCUAAAAUAACUUGGACUUUUAAUAAUAACGUCAUUCCAGCACAGCAUGAUGAUGUGAGUGGACACAGUGAACUUGUUAUUGAAAGAGUAUCUAAAGAUGACUCUGGUACCUAUGCAUGCACAGCAGAAAAUGCAGUUGGCUCCAUCAGAGCUAUUGGUUUUGUGUAUGUCAAAGAGCCUCCGGUCUUCAGAGGGAAUUACCAUCCUAGCCGAAUUGAGCCCUUGGGUGGUAAUGCUAUGCUGAACUGUGAAGUCAGAGGGGAUCCACCUCCAACCAUCCAGUGGAGCAAAGAAGGAGUGGGCGUUCAGACUAGCAAGAGGAUCCAGCAGCUUAACAAUGGUUCUCUCGCUAUCUAUGGCACUGUAAAUGAAGAUGCUGGUGACUACAAAUGUGUGGCAACCAAUGAUGCUGGUGUGGUGGAACGCAGUCUAACACUCACCCUUCAGAGUCCUCCAGUCAUCACCAUUGAGCCUGCAGGGACCACUGUUGAAGCUGGUGCUACAGUAAUGCUGAACUGCCAGGCCAGUGGAGAACCCCCUCCAGCCAUUAGAUGGUCCCGCCAAGGUCAUCCAUUUGUGAGCGAUGACAGGAUGACUGUUUUGUCUAAUGGCUCACUGCAUAUCAUUGCAGCACAGAAGGAAGAUACAUCUGAAUAUGAGUGUGUAGCGAGAAAUCAAAUGGGAUCUGUGCUUGUUAGAGUUCCACUGACUGUCCAGGUGCGUGGUGGAUUUUCGGAUUGGCUUGAAUGGCAACCUUGCAGCGUAACAUGUGGUCAGGGUGUUCAGAAGCGCGCUCGUUGGUGCAACAACCCCCUUCCAGCAAAUGGUGGGAGGCCAUGUGAGGGGCCUGACACAGAUGUGCGCAGCUGCCACAACAAGCCAUGUCCAGUUGAUGGUGAGUGGAGCUCCUGGCUUCCAUGGGGCCCAUGCAGCGAGAGCUGUGGGAAAGGCACCCAGACGCGGCUGCGGCUCUGCAGCAGCCCCUCUCCCUCACAUGGCGGGUCCCACUGCCGCGGGCCUGAUGUGCAGAGGCAGGUCUGCAGCAAGAGGCGCUGCCCAGUGGACGGGAAGUGGGCCCCAUGGGGCAGCUGGAGCGCCUGCACUGUGUCCUGUGGGGGAGGCAGCAGUCAGAGGACACGCCAAUGCUCAGACCCAGCCCCACAGUUUGGAGGUCACAGAUGUGAAGGAAACAACAUACAAGUUGAUUUUUGCAACAGCGAUCCUUGUCCCAUUCAUGGCAGCUGGGGCCCUUGGGGCAGCUGGGGAACGUGCAGUCGUUCAUGCAAUGGUGGGCAGGUGAGGCGGUACCGGGGCUGUGACAGCCCUCGCCCCAGCAGCGGCGGCAGGGCCUGUGCAGGGGCUGACAUGCAGAUCCAGAGGUGUGGCACUGGCCUGUGCCCUGUGAAUGGAAACUGGGGGCCAUGGCAGACAUGGAGCCAGUGCUCUGCUUCUUGUGGCGGAGGAGAGCAGACUCGAACACGCCUGUGCAGCAAUCCUGCCCCGCUAUAUAAUGGUCAUCCUUGUCCUGGAGACUCUUCCCAAAUAUCCAGGUGUAAUAGUCAAGCAUGUCCUGGUGGGCCUUCACGUGCCCUAGGCAGCAUCAUUGGAAACAUCAACGAUAUUGAGUUUGGAAUUGCUUCCCUGAAUGCCACAGUAACAGACAGCCCAAACUCUGAAUCUAGAGUAAUACAUGCAAAGAUUACAAGCAUCCCUCGGAGCCUUGGUCCAGCGCUGAGAAAGCUUGUUUCUAUUCUGAGCCCAGUCUAUUGGACAACUGCAAAAGAAGUUGGAGAAGCAAUGAAUGGGUUUACGCUCACUGACGCGAUCUUCAAGAGAGAAACCCAAGUGGAAUUUGCAACUGGAGAGGUUCUGCGAAUGACUCACAUUGCCCGGGGGUUGGAUUCUGAUGGAGCCUUACUGCUGGAUGUUGUUGUGAAUGGCCAUGUUCUUCAGCUGCAGCCACUAGCUAAUGUUAACAUGAAGGAUUACACAGAAGACUACAUUCAGACCGGCCCCGGGCAGCUGUAUGCCUAUUCCACUCGCCUCUUUGCUGUGGAUGGAGUUAGUGUUCCCUACAUGUGGAACCACACUAUUACCUAUGAUCACACUAAAGGAAAAAUGCCUUUUUUGGUGGAAACACUCCAUGCUUCCUCUAUCACAACAGAGUACAACCCCCUGGAAGAAACUUUGGCUUUUAAAAUCCACGCUUCCAUUUCAAAAGGAGAUCAUAACAACCAGUGUCCUGCUGGGUUUGAGUUGAACUCAUCUGGGCCUUACUGUACAGAUGAAGAUGAAUGUGCUGUGCGAAAUCCCUGUUCCCACACCUGCCACAAUGCUGUAGGAACCUACCACUGCUCCUGUCCAAAGGGCCUCACCAUUGCUGCAGAUGGCAGAAUGUGCCAGGAUGUUGAUGAGUGUGUGCUGGGCAGGCACGCCUGCCACACCGACCAGGAUUGCGAGAACAGCGCCGGCUCAUACCACUGCGUGCUGCGCUGCAGGACUGGCUUCCGUAGGGCAGUGGAUGGGCUCAGCUGCCAGGAUAUUAACGAGUGUCAAGAGUCCAAUUCCUGUCAUCAGCAUUGCAUCAAUACCGUAGGAAGUUUCCACUGUGGUUGCGAUCCAGGAUACCAGCUAAAGGGCAGAAAAUGCAUAGAUGUAAAUGAAUGCAGGCAGAAUGUAUGCAGGCCUGAUCAGCUUUGCAAAAACACCCGUGGUGGCUAUAAGUGCAUUGAGCUGUGUCCAAAUGGAAUGACCAAAGCAGAAAAUGGAACUUGUAUUGACAUCAAUGAGUGCCAUGACAGAACCCAUCAAUGUCACUACAACCAGAUCUGUGAGAACAUGCAAGGGAGUUACCGCUGUGUGUGUCCAAGAGGGUAUCGGUCACAAGGACUUGGAAGGCCUUGUGUGGAGUUGCAUGUUCCUGCUUUGGUUUUGAGGAUUUACUGCUCAGACAUUAAUGAAUGUGAACAAGUGCCUAAGCCCUGUGCAUUUCAGUGCACCAACACCCCUGGCAGCUUCAAGUGUAUCUGUCCACCUGGACAACAUUUAUUAGGUGAUGGGAAAUCUUGUGCUGGAUUGGAGAGAUUGCUACAUUCCGGUGCCUAUUACAAUAUCUAUAACUAUGCUCAAUUCUCCCCUAUAAGAGACAACUAUCAACCUCAACGGUCUUACAGGCACUCCUCAAACCUGUACAGCUCCUUCUCAGAGUAUAGGAACAGCAGAAUACCUGUCUCCAGAACUAAAAGGAGCAUUAGAGAAACUUGUCCUGAAGGCUAUGAGGCAAGAAAUGACAGAUGUGUAGACAUUGAUGAAUGUGAAGCCAGAGAUACAUGCCAGCACGAGUGCAGGAACACCCUGGGAAGUUACCAGUGUGCUUGUCCCUCUGGUUAUCAUCUUAUGCCCAACGGCAAAACCUGCCAAGACAUUGAUGAGUGCCUCAAGCAGGACACUGGCUGUGGAGCAAGCCAGAUGUGCUUCAACAUGAGAGGGAGCUACCAAUGCAUAGAGACAUCUUGCCCACCAAACUAUCAGCGGGAGCCUCAUUCUGGGUUCUGUCUCAAAAACUGCCCGGCCAAUGAUUUGGAGUGUGCCCUGAGUACCUAUGCCUUGGAAUACAAAUUUGUCUCCCUCCCCUUUGGCAUAGCUGCUGGUCAGGACUUAAUCCGGCUGGUUGCCUAUACGCAAGAUCAGGUUAUGCAUCCAAGGACAACUUUCUUAAUGGCAGACGAGGAGCCAACAGUCCCAUUUGCCCUGCGAGAUGAGAACUUGAAAGGAGUUGUGUUCACCACCAGACCGCUGCAAGAGCCGAAGACUUACCACAUGAGAGUCAGAGCCUUGUCUUACAGUGUUGAUGGAAAUAUUGAGUAUCAGACAACUUUCAUUGUUUAUAUAGCAGUGUCAGCCUAUCCUUAUUAAACACACAAGCUACUUGAGAGUAAUCACAGUAUUUUAACCACAUUCAUACAUGCUGAUGGGUAUUACCACUUCAGACGAAUCCUACUGUCUGCCUACAGUUGUGAGCCAUGUAACUUGAAAAUGGUGCUAUGCUCUUUUCUUCUUCCUUCCACGAGACUACUCAUACAGUCCCAUUAUUCCAAUUCUAGAGGAGAAUCCAUGGCUUUAAGGAUCUGCUACUACUCCCUGUAUUUAUUACACCAGAGCAGUCAUUUUUCACAGCAGAAAAAAGCAGUAAAGUAUGAGCUGAUUAAAGUGUAGUCAAAAGCAGUAAGCAAGGAGCAGCCUCAGUUAAAACUAAGUGAAGAAAUGCUAACUAGAAGAAAUACUAGUUUCAAGUGGUCUGCAUAUCUUAAAAGUUGCUAAAUGUGUUACAGUUUUAGAUGUAUUAGAUUUUUUUGUAUUAAAUACCUGAUAGAAUUAGGGCUGUACAUAUACUAUGACUAUGUCACAUGCUCAGAAAAACCCAAAUACCACUAUAAUGGUGCCGGUGCUGAAGUUUGAAGUUUAUUACUGAAGUUUCUUUUCAGCUAAAGAAUCUGCCAUAGAAUUUGGAACUGGUGCAUUUGUUCUCUGUGCAAUUUUACGGGUGUCAGUGUAGUUAGGAAGAAAAAACAAACAACAUGGCUUCUUCUAUUUUAUAAGCAGGUAUUUUGUAACUUUUUUUUUUUAACUGACAUUCUGGUAUAGCCAUUUAUUUAGCUCAAAACCAUGUCCAUUUCAGUACUCCCAAAUCAGUUAAAAUAUUUGGGAUUUUUUUUUUUGCAAAGUUUUCUUCCAAAAGACAUAGUGUGUUUGCUUCAAUAGUGUCAGUACACUGUACGCAAGUAAUUUUGCCAAGAUGUAUUCUAUUUUUAUGUAAGUGUAUAUAUGUUUUUUCUAUGUUUAUUUUCUAUGAUGUAUCUGAAGAGUGUUUUACAGUUAAGUUUUCAUAAAAAGUACAUUGCCAGUACAUUGGAAAUAAUCAAAAUAAAGGUUUCCAUUGCCUUUGA